AUGGCGCAGCCGGAUUCGGUCCAGGCAAACGGCAUCCCUGGACCGGACCACGCUGAGUCCCCUCAACCCGUUGUCCCUGUCAAGAGGAAGCGCGACACCGACGACGAUGGCGAGGAGAUCAGCACCGAUGGACCCGAGAAGAUGGAUGUCGACGGCGAAUUGCCAAAAGAGGACCACAAACCCCUCAUCAAGGACUAUUUUACCGUUCUGAGCAGUUUCGAUGCAAAUCCAUCAAUCCUGAAGCGUCGCCUUCCCGAGCCCGAGUCUGAGCAGCCCGAUGCGAAACGCCAAAAGUCCGCCGAUAGCCCUGUUUCCAUCGCCGAUAAGGUCACUCGUGACGCCUACUCGCAUGUCGAUGAACUUGCAGCAGACCUCGUCGAAGCUGUCAAGGAUCAACUCCGAGAACUUCAAUCAGCCAAUGCUGAGAAGGAGAAGGAGGAUAUCGAUGGCGUCGCUGUAGCACAAACCAAGAAGUUCAAGAACAAGGCCAUGGACCUACUUCGACGGGAGAUAUCCUACCCGCGCAGCAGUGUCAAUACCACCAACAUCAAACCCGAUGUGGAAUCUGCCAUGGGCAAUGAAGUGCUUACGGUUUUCGGCAACGCCCCUCAUGGCAAACAACUGUUUUCUAGUUUGCCGAAGAAGGCCUCGGGCAAGGAGAGUUCAACUGCAAUGGUAUCAGCCUUGGAACUGCCACCGGGUGUGUCUACUUCCUACAUUGUUCCGUCGCGACAAAACGAGAGAACAGCGACUCUUGGAGAACUUUUCUCUUCUAGCCGACCUCUUCCUCCUCUGCAGCCGCCGAAGCAACCGAAGCCGGUGGCCAAGGGAAACGUACUCGGGUUUUAUCAUCCUGAGCCGGCACAAAAGUCCAAGUACUUCAACGAUUCGUAUUCGAGCAAGAAGUUGGCGGUUGGCUACUACUUGGACUACACCAACGCAGCACCCUCAUCUAAGAGCAAGACGAGACAACGUGAACGAGCACAAAGCUUGGCCGGCCACAGACCAUCAUCUACUGAACUGGAGGUCAAUGAGAUGGAGUCGCUAUUCCGCAGCGCGUUUUCCAGCUUUGCUCCCUGCAGAGAUGACUCGGGUUCUGUCAUUCCAUCCAGUCAUGCCGGUCGCAUGUACUGGCAGCUCACUGGUCAGCGGAACUUCAACCGGAUGGUUGAGUCCGAGCUGCAGGAAACCGACGAAGACGCGAUCGAGAAGCCUGUCGAGAAAGACGUUGAGACCGGACAAGUUGAUGAAGAGUUCGUCAACGAGGCCAUUGAAAAGUGGGAUGAGUGGCUAGUGGACCCGGCCCUGCAAGACAUGAAUGAUGUCCUUGCCAAGCCCAAGGACAAGGAUCCUGCUGACAAGGAGGUCGAUGACUUCCUUGACGAGGUCACUGACAUGAUAGAAACAUUGCUAUCGUACCAGCGCAUCCGCAACCUUACGCUCCCAUCAUCUCAGAAUCGCUACGCGGGCGAUCCUGUCAAUGGUGACCUGCUGUCUCAUGGCGCUGUCUCGGCGCCGACGGAAGAGGAAACUGCGACAUACGAGGCACUGAGAGCGCAACUGAGUCUGAUCAUCAACACCCUGCCCCCUUACGCGGUGGCAAGGCUCAACGGCGAUCAACUCGAGCAGCUUCUUAUCAGCACCAAGCUCGAGGUCCGCACAGAUCAGUACAAGGGCGUAAUGGAGGACGAUGCUGCUUCUCAAGCCCGUAUGCGUCAGCAGCAGAGCGUGGUCGCCGCCGCACCUCCGAACCGACCUGCCCCGCACCGCACGCCUAGCGCAUCCACGCCGUAUGGAAGCCAAUAUGGCUCCGGCCAGUACGGCACCCCCACAAGGACGCCGUCAAUUGCGCCCUCCAAUUAUUACCGGCCUGGCCAGCAGCCGGCAAUGCCCCCGCAGCAAGGCUCCGUUCCGCGACCUAGCGGUGUGCCCCACCAGAUGUCUCAUACACCACAGCCCCGUCCUGGCCAGCCAGGCAACUACCGGCCUACCAACGGAUACACUAACUAUGCGCAACAUGUUGGAAAGGCCCAGACGCCAUACGGCCACCAAGGCGUCCAGUACGGGUCUCAACAGAGACCUCCGCAGUACCCGGGCUAUCCAGGAACACCUCAACACGGUACGCCCAACGCUCGUUACCAGCAGCCCUACCAGCAGUCUUUCCCGCAACAACCGACUACGCCGUCCCAGGGUUACGGAGGCUACUAUCCUAAUGGCGCCAACAUGCAGCAACGGACCAUGUCUCCCCAGAUUCCAGCCGGUCAGUAUCAAUCGCCGACUCCACACCAGCAGCCGCGGUACUUCGGUUCGACUCCUCACCAAAACAUGCCUGGCACUCCUCCAAUCAACCGUCAGCAAUAUCCGAAUGGUAGUCACCUCCCUCAGCAACCAAUAAACUCUCUAACAUCUGGAUACAAUGCAGCCGUCGCGAGGGCAGACCAGCAGCGCCUACAUGCUGAGCAAGCGAGAUACCGAGCCGCAGCGCAACAAACGAGUGCUGCUUUUGGAACCAAGAUACAAGGGACACAGGAGGCCGCGAUGCCCCAAAUCCCCGGCGAUGACCCCAGCUCCCAAGGAUCUCCGUACAAUGCGAAUGUGAGAGCCCGCAUGGCUGCUGGUGGUACCCCGAAACCCCAGAGUCCUGUAGGAAACGCCGGAAAGGCAACCAACGGCACUCCACCAAUCCCUCACAAAGUGACACCGGUGCCCAUACCGGUUAUACCUCAACAGCAGCAAAGGAAGCCAGCCUAG